AUGGGAAUGAGCCAUGAUGAUGAUCAUCUAUCCUGCGCGGGGAGGUCUCAUAUUAUGUCUGGAGAAUGGGUGAAGGGCAGGAACCCCAGUGACCUUUCCUGGUCUUCAUGCAGCCGAGAUGACCUUGAAAACUUCCUAAAGUCCAAGGUCAGCACGUGUUUGCUGGUAACAGACCCGCGGAGCCAGUACGCGGUGCGGCUCCCUCACAAGCUGCCGGGAAUGCACUACAGUGCGGAUGAACAGUGCCAGAUCCUCUUCGGGACCAACGCUACGUUCUGCAAGAAUAUGGAGCAUUUGAUGUGUGCUGGGCUCUGGUGCCUGGUGGAAGGAGAUACAUCCUGUAAAACCAAGUUGGACCCCCCUCUGGAUGGCACUGAAUGUGGCGCAGACAAGUGGUGCCGAGCUGGGGAGUGUGUCAGUAAAACUCCCAUCCCCGAGCACGUCGAUGGAGACUGGAGCGUGUGGAGCCCGUGGAGCAUGUGCAGCCGGACCUGCGGCACCGGAGUGCGCUUCAGGCAGCGGAAAUGCGACAAUCCCCCCCCGGGGCCAGGCGGGAAGAACUGCCGGGGAGCCAGCGUGGAACACACCGUGUGUGAGAACCUGCCCUGCCCUAAGGGCGUUCCGAGCUUCAGGGACCAACAGUGCCAGGCCCAUGACAGAUACGCCAACAAGAAGAAAAGCCUCCUGACAGCUGUCAUUAUUGAUGACAAGCCGUGUGAGCUCUUCUGCUCUCCACUGGGAAAGGAUUCCCCCGUGCUGAUGGCAGACAGAGUCCUCGAUGGAACUCCCUGCGGGCCUUACGAGACUGACCUCUGUGUACAUGGCAAGUGCCAGAAAAUUGGCUGCGAUGGAAUCAUUGGCUCAGCUGCCAAAGAGGAUCGCUGUGGAGUCUGCAGUGGUGAUGGCAAAACCUGCAAAGUGGUGAAAGGCGACUUCAACCACACCAAGGGGAUGGGUUACAUCGAAGCAGCUGUGAUCCCUGCAGGUGCCCGACGGAUCAGAGUGGUUGAGGAUAAACCUGCUCACAGUUUUCUGGCUUUAAAAGAUUCCAGUAAGAGAUCCAUUAACAGCGACUGGAAAAUUGAGCUUCCUGGUGAGUUUCAGAUCGCAGGCACUACUGUCCGGUACGUGCGAAGGGGUCUGUGGGAGAAAAUCUCUGCCAAAGGACCAACUAAAAUACCACUACACUUGAUGGUGCUGUUAUUUCACGACCAGAAUUAUGGAAUUCAUUAUGAAUACACCAUUCCUGUAAACUAUACUGCUGAAAACAGAAGCGAGCCAGAAAAGCAACAGGAUUCUUUGUACAUUUGGACGCACAGCGGAUGGGAAGGGUGCAGUGUGCAGUGUGGAGGAGGUGAACGGAAAACCAUUGUGUCCUGUACUCGAAUUAUUAACAAGACCAUGACAGUGGUGAAUGACAGUGACUGCCAGCGAGUGAAUCGCCCCGAGCCCCAGGUCAGGAAAUGUAACACACACCCCUGCCAAUCACGGUGGAUAACCGGCCAUUGGAGUCCCUGCUCUGCCACUUGUGAGAAAGGGACCCAGCACCGGGAAGUGACCUGUGUCUAUCAGCUGCAAAACGGCACCUACGUUAACACAAGAGACCUCUACUGCCUCGGCAACAAACCAACGACUGUACAAAGCUGUGAAGGCCGGGACUGCCUUUCUAUCUGGGAAGCUUCAGAGUGGUCUAAGUGUUCAGAAGACUGUGGCAAAGGGAUCCAGAAAAGAACAGUGACAUGCACAAAUUCUCAAGGAAAGUGUGAUGCAGCCACAAGACCAAGAGAUGAGGAAGAGUGUGAGGAUCACACAGGCUGUUACGAAUGGAAAACAGGAGAUUGGUCAAAGUGCUCCUCAACUUGUGGGAAAGGCCUCCAGUCACGCGUGGUCCAGUGUAUGCACAAAGUCACAGGGCGCCACGGCAGCGAGUGCCCCAUCGUGUCCAAGCCAGCGGCCUACAGGCAGUGCCACCAAGAGGUCUGCAACGAGAAGAUAAAUGUCAACACAAUUACCUCGCCCAGACUUGCUGCUCUCACGUACAAGUGCACAGGCGACCAGUGGACAGUGUACUGCAGGGUGAUCCGGGAGAAGAAUCUGUGCCAAGACAUGCGGUGGUAUCAGCGCUGCUGCCAGACUUGCAGAGACUUUUAUGCAAACAAGAUGCAGCAGAAGAGUUAAUGAACCUGUGCUACUUCUUAGGGUAUUACAGCUGUUUGUAUGUAAAUCACGAACUAGUAGGUCUGAGUACUGGAACUUACGAGUUGCUACAACGCGGUGGAUUCCAAAGCUUACCUAAUAAGACUUGAAACUGUUUCUACAGACUGGAUACCAAAGUAAUCCACUCAUCCACCUUAAAAAAAAUGCAGAAAAGAGUCAUCUCAAGGAGCCAAUCAUUUUAUCGUGUUUUGACAUCUUUUCAUUUUUCAUUAAUGCUUUUUACUUUAAUAUAUUAAAUUACCAGCCACUGGAUGGCUUGCUACCCUUAAAGAAAAGGACAAGAGUUGCAAAGUGAUUACAUUGACUAAGGUUAUGGGUACUUCAGUGGAGGAAGCCUCUGGCAAAAUAAUUCAGCAAAGGUAGAGACGUUGCUUAAUCUUUCAGUCUUGGCUUUCAUCUGAUGUUUUUAAUUCCCAACAGUUGUCCUGCUGUGGAGUGGGCUUGGAGGGACACAUAUAAAUGAAAGGCUUAAUUUAAAGAGGGGAUUUGCUGUAAAAGCUUGUGAAAGCUGAUAGCAGAGGCUGGACAUCUCUGAAAUUCCUGCAGAAAGCUCAGUGCAAUAGUAUCCAAAAUUCCACAUCAUGUUU